CUUUGUUUUUUAAUUGAUUUUUCUUUCCAAGACGGAACUAAUUACAUUCUAUUAAUUACCGCGAAUAUUUCAAUUCGACCUAAAUGAACAGUUUAAAUCAAACGACGACAAACGUAUCACCUUUGUCGUUUGUUUGUCAGGUAAAGUGUUGACAAACGUCAAUGUCAAACAUGUAGAAGUAUUUAUUUACCUUCGUUUAUUUGGGUGAAAACAAAUACACCACACUACUUAAUUUUGUUUUUGUCUUAUAAAAAUGGACACUUUAAGUUUCUACACUGCUGCAGACAAUCAGCCUUACCAAAGAAAUUAUCAACACGAAAAUGUCCAAUCUCCACUGGAUAUCUCACAUUCAAACAGCAUCAACACCAUCCACUCAAUCAAUCGGGAAUACAUCUCACAGAACCUGAUUGCUGGGCAAAGGGUGAAUGGGAGGAUGUCAAAUAUUAGAAGGUUCUUUUGUCUUUUUGUCACCUUUGAUUUUCUCUUUACCGGACUGAUGUGGAUUAUAUGUGUGAUGCUUAAAGGUGAAUACAUAAUAACAGCAUUAAGUGAACAGAUUUACCACUACAAUAUGCACACCUCACUAUUUGAUAUUGUCUUGGUGGCAUUUUUUAGAUUCACUGUAUUGUUGUUCUUUUAUGCAAUUUUGUAUAUAAAUCACUGGAUUGUGAUAGCUUUAUCAACUGCCUUGACUUGCGCAGCUCUAAUAGCAAAAGUUUUCGUUUAUGAUUUUGCCCACUCCUCGCAGCCUGUUUUUGAGGUGCUAAUAGUUUUGACUUCCUUCGUUUUGGCGUGGGGUGAAGCGUGGUUUCUUGAUUUCCGUGUCAUUCCUCAGGAAGAAGAUGCUAGUCGUUAUAUAAUUAGUAAUAUAGAAUCUGAAAGAGCACCUUUAAUAAGGAAUUACAUUCGUGGAUUGCCAUCGUUGUAUACUGAAAGUGUGCAUAAUUUUUAUUCUCCAUUAGUAACGCCUGAUGGGUCCUUGUAUAGGUAUGAUCACCAGCAGAGAAACGUUCCAACUGCGAGGUUUUCUAGAGAAGAGGAAGAAAAGUAUAAGCUUCAGGCAGCAAAAACUUUGCAAGAUGCUUGGGACCUUUUACAUAAGAAAGAUUGGAAAUUGGAAAAAGAGCAAGACGGUGAUCGUGUGGAGAGCAGGAUGGACAAAGGAGUAAAAAUAUUUAAAUUAAAUGCACAAAUCAAUGUUUCUCCAAAAUACCUUUUAGACGAUUUAUAUUAUAAGGUACAUCAGUUCCCACAGUGGAAUCCAGCAAUUGUGGAAUCUCAAAAAAUCCAAGCAAUUGAUGAAUACACCGAUAUCUGUUACCAGAUUUCUGCUGAUGCAGCAGGUGGUGUUGUGAAAAGUAGAGAUUUUGUAACUCUUCGUCACUGGGCCCAAGUUGAGGAUUGUUUUGUGAUUGCCAACGUUAAGACUGAUCAUCCAUCUUUUCCUGUAAAUGACAAGUAUGUAAGAGGAGAAACAGGGGUAGGUUGUUCUGUAAUGCAGACAAUAACUAAUGAACCCAAUAAGUGUAAUUAUAAAUGGAUCUUAAAUACGAACCUUAAAUUAUCGUUAGUGCCCAGGCAAUUGAUUGAAAAAGAGAUGAUCAAGAUGAUGUUCAAGUAUGUUAAAGACUUACGAGAACAUUUGAAAACUGAAGUUGUUUAACGGUAAAAUAAGUUUUCUUCGUCUAUAAUCUUACUCAUUAGUUUAAGGUUGUAUUUUAUUAAGACCAUCAUUUUUAUAUCUCCCAUAUCAUGACAAAACAUAUUUAUAAUUUUACAUUUAAAAUAGCCUCUUCAGAAACUGAUUUUGUUUAUGUACCAAAAAGUAAUUUGUUUAAUUUUUUAUUUAGAUUUAGAUUUCACUUGGUUUUCGUUCUUUUUUAUCCGAAUAUUAACUAAAAAUUUUAAAAGUAGAUAGCAAAAAAUAUAAACUGCAGUCUAAAUAAACAAAAAUGUUGUAUUAAAAUGUGGUGAUUAACGUUUCUGGAGUAGUUACUAUUUAUCAUUUCAUAUCUAAGAUUUCACUAGUUAUUUUUGGUUCAUAUUUAUAUUAGUGCUCGAAAGUAUUAUACUAAAACUCGCGCACAUGAAAUUAUAUAAUACAAUAUUGGAAGUAUGUGAGGCAAAAUAAAAAUAAUUUUAACUUUAGAUUAAUAUUGCAUUUCCAUUAUAUUUACAAAAUUUGUUUUAUAUAGGAUAAUUUAAGUACUAUAAUUUUUAUGUUGUAAAUAUCAGUUACUCAUAUGAAUAUAGUAAUUAUAGAUAUGCCUUUUUUAUUUGUGAGGUUUAAAGCAUUGCUUUAAAGACUCUGGUGCAUUAACUGAAAACACCAUUAAUCAGUAAUUAUUAUGCUAAACUUCCAAAUAUUUUAAGUUUUUCAGUGAAUAAUAAAUAAAAUGCAUUUUGUAGUUAGGUUUAGCAAAAUAAUUACCAGAUGUAAUCAUUUAAUCUGCAUUGCAUGCUAUGCUAUUGAAAUUUCUCUAUUUACUAAAAUAUUGAUACAACGUCUUCAAUUAUAAGAUUGUUCAUUAUCAGGCUCCAGUUAAUUCAUUUAGGGCCUGAAAAUGAAUAUGGUACAGUAAUGUACAAGCUCUAGUGAUUUAAAUAAUAUAAAGCCUUUCCAUUGACAUUGUGUUCAACGUUGAAUGAUUGUUAAGAGCAUUUUUAGUUAUAUAAGUUUUUGAGAGACUUUGUUGUUACCUUUGUCAUGCAGACGAAUUUUAGAUUUAUCUAUGAGAAAUUUAUGACUGUGAUUGUAUUAUAAUUUAUAAAUAUCAAUAAAUAUUUUUAAUUAUCUUUGUAAA